AUGGAAUGGAAGUCAAGAAAUACUACCCUGGCUAGUUGGAAGGUGAUGACAGAAGCUCCUAGCGCUCAGCCGCAAGCGUUUUUGCCGAUGAAGCAACAACUGUCUGUGGUGAUGAUGAAGAAUGGGAGAGGAGGAUUCCGACCGGUGAUAACAUCGCUGGAUCAAAUCCAGAGCAAUGUGGAAGAGAGCAUCAAAGGAGCAGAGGAGGCUUGCGCAGAGGAUCUGGCUAGCGGGGAGUGCUUGGCGGUGUAG